AAAUCUAAUAUCCAAUUCUAUUGAGUAUUAUAAUUGUUGACUGUUAAUUGUUAAGCUCAACAAGACACGUAAAUAUCGGGGGAUUAGAAUACACUUCAUAGUUUUCUAUAAAAUUGAAUAGUUACGUUUGUACAGACAGUAGACGCCCAUUUUAAACUGUUCCAAGUACGCGCAAAUGCUAAACAGUCCCUAAUAAUUGUGCCCACCGCAUUCGAUGUGUCUUGUACGACUCAAGAGGAAAGCACAAAAUAUGCGCAUUCUAAAAAAUAAUAUUUGCUUAUUUAAUUCGAAUUGUCGUUUGGUAUUGACUAAUGACUGUUGUAGUAAACAAAAACCAAUAAGUGAUUUAACGCGGCGAUACAAUAAUACCCUACGUCCCUACUCCUAGUGAUGUGGACAUGGUCUGAGACAAAACAAAGUGUCAAACAUACGUAUUUUAUUUUACAAUUUAAAUAAAUACAAAUUAUCUUUCGUUGAGGAUAGUAGAGGAUAAUGAUCUAAUCGACCAUCCCCCGGCGUGCCUACCUACAGUAACCAUAAAACGAUUGUCGGUCGUGCGUGUUUUACUGAAAACGACAGCAAAAACAGUAUUAUAUUAUACGGCGUAAUAUAAUAUCGUAUUAAUCAUAAUAAUAAUAUUAUUAAUAUACUCAAAACGUGUAUAAAACGGGCGUCGAUGUAUAUUACAAUAUUAUUCAAUUAAUUGUUGUUGUCGUCGGUUCGUGGAAAACCGACUUCGGUCUAUGACAACCACCGCCGCCGCCGCCGUCACCGCCACCGACGAAAACAAAAACGGCGUAUAGGAUCGCGCGUGCCGAGUCCGAGUGCCAACCGCCGCACAGAGUUUCCGUUUGAUUAUUAUUCAUUACUCCUUCGACCAUCACGCUCUGUAGUAGCCCAUGCCCCAUUGUCGAUCACUGUUCAAUUGCAAGUCGGCGACGGUGCCAGUGAGGUCUUCUUUGCAACACGUUCUUUCAGUAGUUCCUUCAGUCUCCUUCGAGGGUUUCCGAAACGUUUAUAUGUACAUAGUUGUUAUUAGUUUGUACUUUUAAUUAUAAUCGUCUAAUAAGUAAUAGGUACUUCAAUAUCGUACAAGAAGAGAACUGACACAGAUUUAUUAUUUUACUACAUUUCGAUCACCACUGUAUCCAUUCAAAGGACAUUGUAAUAUUAUCUGUUCGAUCCGUUGGAAUUUUUCUGGACCACAAGGGUUUGGUCUAUUUGGAAAUUGUAAAAUUUCUAAAAGAAAAUGGAAAUGUAUUGUGCACCUCAAAACAAUGUUUUAUACUGCGACUACUACACGCCUACACCUAUACCCCGAUAUCCAUCACCAUAUUCCCAAUCGUCAUAUAUGUCCAGUACAUCAAGUUAUUCGCAAUCAUCAUUUUCACCGAUGUCAUCGCCUUACACUCCACCAUCUCAGACUUCUGAGUCAUUUACAAAGGGAAAUGAUAAUGUAUUCAAAUUUCCUUCAAUAAUUCAAGACCAAUAUAUACCUACACGUGAAGAUUUGAUAUGCGCUGCUAUAGCUAGAGCAAAAAAUUUAAUUGAAAUAGAAGAAAUUGGUCAGCGUUUGAUUUCAGUUGAUAAAAGACACGUUAUUCAAAAUAACGGUCAAAAAACAUUAUUGUCAACAAUUAAACAAGAACCAAAACGUGGUAGUGAGCUAUAUGUUGCAUUACCAAAAGCUUGUUUGGAAGGAUUUCUCUAUGCUAUUUUUUCACAGUUUGGAACUGUUCAUCAAAUCCGAUUAAUGAUGCAUUUCUCUGGUUCAAAUCGUGGAUAUGGUUAUGUAAUGAUGAGGAGCCCUAUGGAAGCAGAGAUGGCGCUGGCUAAACUGAACGAGCUCACUCUUCCUGGUAUCAGAGGUCACUUAUUAGUGAGCAUGUCAACUGAUAAUAGAACAUUAUUUGCCAGAAACAUACCCAUGGAUUUAUCUGAAGAACAAUUGCAAACAGAAUUUGAAAAACGUGUAGAAGGCGUAAAAAAAGUGCGAGUUUUUAAUAACACGGAUGAUCCUAGCAAAAAUAGAGAGUUUUGUUUUGUAAUAUUCAAAGAUCAUAGAAGUGCGGCUUUAGCUCGCCGCUCGAUGGCAGAAAGUCCUUUUUUUAUAAAUGGAGUUUCAAUUAAAAUUCAAUGGGCAGAAUCUGAACCAGUUUUUCGACACUCUGUUUUGAUGAGAAUGAAACAACUACAUAUUAGGAACAUGAAUGUCCAUAAAACAGAAGAAGAUAUAUGGAAAAUUUUGUGUGAACAUGUUACACCAAAUAAUAUUGUGUUUAUUAAGAAAAAUAAUACAUGUGCUAGAAUAAAAUUCAUUCGUCACGAAUAUGCAGAUAUUGUACGGAAAAAUCUUGAUGGUAAACGAGUUCAUGGAAUUAAUUGGAUAGUGAUGUGGGACAAAAUAGAAGGAGCAAAAUAUGAAUGUGAAGGAUAUUUUAAGCAUUUAAGUAUAUAACCUUUAUAAUAAUUAUUUAUACUAUAUCUUGUUAAUUCAUUUGUUAAUCCAAAAUUAUUCAAUCAAUACUGCAUAAAUCGCUAAAUACUCAUAGUUAAAUUUCUAGUUUCCAAAAUUUUUACUUUUUAAUUUAAUAACUGAAUUACUUACCGACAUCUACAUUAUUUAAAAAUACUGGUUCCACAAUUAUGACACAGUCAACCACUUUGUUUUCAAUUGCAUUUCUGAUAUGGAUUCCUUUAUUCCCAUUAACACUAUGGCCUUGGAUACUACAAGAUACCAUAAACUUGACAUAUGAUUCUUGUUCAGUGUAGUAUUGAGUUAAAUAAUCAAAUGCUUUAUCAACCUAUAAUAAGAUUAUAAUUAACAGUAAUCUAUAAUAUUGCUUAUAUUAUUUUUAAUUUAUACAAUGUAUAUAUCUUAAACAAAUUAAAUUAAAAACAUUAAACAGAAGUGUAUCUUAAUGUAAAUUAUUAGUUGUGAAUAAGUGUUAAUUUUAAGUUAUGAAAAUUAUAUUUUUAUAAACAGUAUUAAUAUUAGUAUUUCUGAAGAUGGUUUUUUGUAUAAAGUUUCUUUUAAACAGUGCUACUGAAUAAAAAUAAUUUUAAA